AUGAACCUCAAAACGCUCACAAGUUUUUGGAAAAAGGGAAGGGGCAAAGAGAACACGAAUAGGUAUAGCGGUAGCUCCGACUCCUCACAAACAUGCCAAUUGCAACAACAACAACAGCAACAAUCACAAUCACAACAACAACAGCAUCUUUUAGCACAACGUCCAACAGCACCGUUUGAGGGAACCCAAGCUGCACUGCGGUAUGUCCAGCACCUAUUGGAGUCCAGACGACCCAUUUCCGAUUCUUUCGGUUCCCGUGCGAAGGAUGAAGUGGCUUUAUCUGAGAUACGGUUGGAUGGAAUACAACUUCUCUCAAGAGAGGCGGUUUCUUCACUACGACAAGAGCGUGAAGAAUUAAUUGCCGCGUUGGAUCUCUGCUUAGUCGCCAUUCCGGAGAAAAGGAUAACAAAUAAAGGUCGAAAGAGUGUUAGUGGAACGCCUCAAGCUUUGGGAAAUUCAGAGGAAGUGGUGAUAAUGCAUCAUGAGGAUAAUGAAACAUCAAUAUCAACAACAACAACAACAGCAACAACGCCAGCAACAGCAACAGUAGCACCAGCAGAAUUAAAAGAAAGUGGAGGAGUUGUCUCAUCUAAUGGAUUAGUAGUAGAAACAGAAACGGAUACAUCAUUACCUCAAGCUGAUAACGUUGCUGCAGAAACAAAUAUUAAUCAAAAACAAUGGCGUCUUUUGUUAUGGAAACUUGUAAAUGUCCUUUUAGAAAUUGAUAUUGCUGCUUAUAUGGAUACGGUAAUGCGAUCACGACAGCCUUUACAGAGUUCUACACCAUCAGGCUUAUCACCUUUGUCACCUGCGAGAAGAUCCUCGAGUUGUCUUCCCACAUCACCAUCUGGUUUAACCUUUGAGGGUGGAGAGAAUAUACCCAUGUCAGUUUCUAACCCAACACCAUCUGCUACUAUUGCUAAUGCUACUCCAACUCCUACUAUUACUACUACAAUUACAGCUACAAGUAUUACUGCAGGAACUACAAGAGGUAAAAAAGGAACAGGCAUUACAAACUCAGGAAUUGAUAGUGGAUUAAAUGGAGAGAUGAAAUCACAUGAAUGUCGAGGAUCAGAAGAACAAUUAACAUUGGUAAAUACAAUCACUACUUGGAUUAUUCUUCGUGCUGUAUUACGACACCAAAUUGAAAAUGAUUCUAUUUCUAAUUUAGGGGAAACACCUGGAAAAAAAACUGAAGUUUCUUCAACUGUAGUUGCAAAUAGUAAUUCCUGUACUAGUUCCGUACCAUGGGAAGAAGUUGUUUUGGAUAUGAUGGAUAUUUUCUAUAUUCAACAUCGAGGAAUAGUAGAAUCUGUAAUUUCACUUUGGAUUAAGCGUGAAAGUAAUGGACGUGAACUACUUCAAGAUAUCUUACAAAAGCCACGAAGUUCGUCAAAUGAUACCUCUGAUGAAACUAUAGGAAAUCAAAUGAUUCCUACAGUUUCUGCUGUAAAUGGAAUAAAUGAGAAAACAGUGGAUCAUCAAGUAAUACCAUCCACUAGUGGUACAACAGUGGAACACCCUACGGAAUCUGUUUUAAUGGAUGAUGUAGUAGAAGAAACAGAACAGAUGUUUAAACAAGAUGUUAUUAGGACAUGGGUUGCUUAUCUUGAAGAACAACCAUCUGCAUUUUUACCGGAUCGAACAAGUAAUCAGGAUGAAAUAUUAUCUUCUAUUUCUCUUUCCCAUUGUCGUAUGAUGACAACUUAUGCUGUUUGUUCACCUCAUUGGGAGGAAGAAGGUGUACAAGAAGCUUUUCAGGUACUAAAGAAAGUCUUAGAAUAUAAUUAUGAGACUUCUUCAUCUACAGAUAUUAACCGAGCAUUAAGUCCUGAUAUUGUUCUUGCAAAUACAGAAAAAGAUGUGGGUUCUAAUGUAGAUGGACUUUCUGGUAUGAAUACUGGAGAUGGUUUAAUAGAACCAACAUUAAGUCAUAUACGAAAAAGUUCUCAUGUUUCACAAGCUGUUUCAGAACAUCCAACAACAACAGCAAGUGAUGUGGAAAAUCAUUCAUUUCGAUCCCUUUCAGUGACUUCUCUUCAAGGAGAAUGUACACUCUCAUCUACAGUAAUGGUACGAGAUGCUAUGCGUCUAUUUUUUGAAGAUGAUAUUAUGCCAUUUAUAUUUCAAAUAGCUUGGUCAACAGCUUUACAUGUACGUGUAGAGCAAUGUCUUAAUAGUGGUAAUAAAGAAAAUACAGGUUCUUAUUUUCUUGAAGAAGCAGAUAACUUUGCACAUAUGGAACGUUUUGUAGCAUUUAUAGGUAAGUCCUUCUCAUGUAGGCAAGGAGCCCUUGAGUCUCUUAUUAAAGUAAAUAUUGCCAUUGGUAACUAUUCUGCAGCUUUAAAAGUAGCCAAUACACAUUUCAAUAAUGCCAAGAAAAAAUGGUCAGGAGGUAAAAAUUCUUAUUUGUGUUGUGUUAAUUAUUUAAAUUCAAUGGGACUUUUAGCAGAAGCACAAGAUGCUUGUCAAAUGAAUGCCUCAUUAUUGGAAACAACACAAUUUGCUUUACAACAGGUUUCAUUAUGUGAACAGGUUAUAAAUGAUCUUUCACCAAUGACUGGUAUUUAUCUUGUACGUUAUGCAGAGGCCCGGCGUGAAAUUUAUCAAGCAAAGUUAUUUCAUCUUCGUAUGAGUUGGAUUUCAUAUUAUCGUAUGAAUGACUCUGUACAAACUGCCAAGUACUUUGAACUUUACAUGGAUCAUAUUAAAAAUCUUCGGCAUUCUAGGCAAGCCAUUGAGGCUUAUAAAGCUUUAAAAGAAAGAGGAGAGGAAUUAGAAGAGGAAAAACAAUACGGUGAGGCGGUAGUUAUUUUCAAACAAGCAGCUGAAUAUGCAAAGCAUAUCCCUAUAGUACCAAAAGCAUUAUCCGUAUCUACAUCAAAAUCAACUACUACUACCACUACUACUACUACUACUAUACAACCAACAACAACAACAACAACAACAACAAAAGGAGGAACUGUGAAUUCAAAUGUUUCUGAAACGACUGAUAGUAUAUCCGAAAUUUCUCCUACUACAGAGUAUGGAUUACAGUUGAUUCGACGUAAAGCGGAAAGUGAACGCAGUCUUGCUCUUGCUUAUGUAUUGCAGGCCGAACAUGAAGUUAAUGUUAAAGAACGACGACAACAACUUAACAAUGCAGUAAAUAGUGCAUAUGCGGCACAUAAUGCUUUAUUACGUUGUGUGGAACAAGUAAAAGUACCUAGUAGUGAUAUGCUUAUAGAUCUUGCUGCCUCUCUUGUAGUAACAUGUAAAGCUCUCUUGCGAUUAGGUCAAUCUAAAAAAGCAGCCUUACUUCUUGAACCUCUUAUUGCUGAUAAAGCUAAUUCUGCAUCUGUACGUCCUCCAUUAUGGUCAGACUUACUUAAUACCUCUGCUCAUUCAGCUAACACUACUACUACCAAUAAUAAUAAUAAUAAUAAUAAUAAUAAUAAUAAUAACCCUAGUGUGAUUGAUAUGUCUAAACGUUUAGCAACACUUCGGUUAAAAAUUGCGGCUUGUGACGUUCAUACACAAUGUCUAAGCAGGUAUGAUGGUGAACGUGCCUGUCGUGAGACUAGAAGUGCAUGUGAAUUUUUAGAAAAGGUAAGAACAUGGAUAAAAACUUUUAUUACAGGAGAAAAAUCUAAUAGUAAAUCAUCUAAAGAAGAAAAAGAAAAUAUUCCUGUACUAGUUAAAUAUAGAAGUGACCUUUAUAAAUGUUUGAGUAAAGCGAAUGAGACAAUUCCUAUUCUUACUAUAACCUGUGGUGAUGCAUUAGCAACCUUAGGUAAGUGGGAAGAUGCACUUCAAGAAUAUUCAAAUGCUCUUGCCAUGUAUUCUGGAGGUAAUCCAGAUAGUUCUAUAUUUGAUUCUGUACAGUCUGAGAGAGAAAGAGAGCGAAUGGUAAGUGAUUAUAAAAUGGGUGAGUCACUAGUACUUUCUAAACUUGCUGAGGUUUAUACCGCAUUGGAAAAGCCUAAGACUGCCAUUCAUUAUUACCGUCAGGUAUUGGAAUAUGCCACUGAGUCUGGUGAUGCUUUACUUCAGUACAAUACUCGUAUUCGUCUUGCUAGACUCUAUACAACAACAGGAGAUAAAGAAAAGGCAGCAGAUCAUUGGGCUAAAGUAAGUGAACUCGCAAAGGAGUAUGAAGAUCAGGAAAUAAGUCGAGAAACGAUGCGUAAUAUUGUUGCAGCCCAACGUGCAGCUGGUAUGUAUAUGGAUGUGAUUACUACCGCAAAAGAAUUAAAUACUUUAGCAUCUUCUGCAGAAGGUGUGGAUGCAGCUGCGGAUAAACGUUUUGCUUUAGAAGCCCUCGCGGAUGCUCAUCUUCAGUUAGGUCAAUAUAAAGAGUGUAUAAAAGCCUUGGAUGAACGAGAAAAAGUACAGUAUAAAUGUGGUAAAUGGAAUGGUAAACUUCUUAACAUGCGGGCUCGGGCACUCCUUGGAGAUGAAGAAAUAGUAGAAGCGAUUAAAGUACUAACAAGUUGGGCUCAUGAAGCGAGACUGUUGGGAAAUUGGGCAGAAGUUGGACAUGCUAAUGCUGUUCUCGCACUAGCGUAUGCGACUGCACGUCAAACGCUUAAGGCGAAGCGACAUCAUAAAAUAGCUCUUGCCACUUUUGCUGGUGUAGCAGAGAUGGAUCGUGAAUCUUGUCAAGCGGUAAUUGAGUCAGCACGGUGGCUUAUUCACUACUUUUAUUUAAAUGAUGAACAAGUAAAACUUGAUGAUGGUACAAGGGAUAAGACAGGAAGAGCUUCCUUUAUUAAAAAUAGUACACUAACAACAACAACAACAACACCUGCUGAAAAUGUUUCUGGUACUAGUAGUAAUAAUAAUAGUAGUAGUGUUGGUGUUGGUGUUGGUGGUGUAAGUAAUAGUAAAAGUAGUGGUAGUGGUAGUGGUAGUAAUAGUAGUUCAGAUUACACUGAAGUGCGUAAUGAUAGUGGCGACCUUAAUGUUCUCAUGAGGAAAGAAGAAGAACGAUUAAAAAAACGACGCCAAAGUAAAGGAGGGGGAAGUAAAGAAAGUACACAUGAAGGAGAAUCCAAUAAUGAAGGUUCUGAUGAAGAUGGUGAACCAUUGUCAAAUUUUUCCAUGAUUGGUCUGAAUAUGGCUUCCUUACUGGAUGAUAAUAAGAAAGAAAAGAGUUCAUCAGAAAAGUUUGGAAAAGAUUUUCAUAAUUUACCUGAAAUUGAUAGACCUGUAAGUCCCCCAAUACAUCCAUUUCAUGGAGGACCAACAACAACAACAACAACAACAACACCUUCAACAACAACAACAGCAGCAGCAACACCUUCAAAGAAUCCACCUACAUUAUUAGCUAAUGUUUCAUUAUGUAAGUACCCUGCAGUAAUGGAAGGUGAUGAGGCAAUAGCAGCGGUACCACAUCCAGCGGAAAUAUCAGAACAUAUUCAAGAUUUUUCACAACGGGAAUUAGCUAGAGUUCAUACACUUUCUUUUCAUUAUGCAUUGGAAACUAUGGAAACGGCCUCACAACUUUCCCUUAUGCCAUUGAUAAUGCGGGAACAACUAAUACCUCGUAAUCCUGCUGAAGCUGUGGAUCUUGCACUUUUAUCAUUUCCACACUGUACUUUUGUUUUCUAUUUUGCCGAGUUCAGUACACAGUAUACAGUUAUUAUUCGCCCUGCAGAUCGUUCUUUCUUUCUUAGACGUUCUGUACAAGCCUAUGGUUUGAAUGAUUAUCAUACAAAGAAGGUACUGCCACAACCUUCUGUACAAACAGCGACCUCUGGGCGUACUUCACCUCCUCGUCUUGCAACUACAUCUACUGAUAAAAUGAGGGCAAAAAGUCCUUCAUCUAUUAUUCCUUUAUCUCGAAAAAAUAAUGCCACUUCUGUAGAUGUUUCACAAGUUAUACAAGAAUCUAAUACAGAGUGGAUAGCAGAGAAUAAUGCAUUGAUACAAAGUCUUCAUGAUUUUUAUGCAGAUUUAUGGGGACCUCUUCAAUAUUCAAUGCGGAUGGCAAAAUGUUCUUUUGAUGAAGCAGAAUGUUUAAUUCUUGUUGUUGAUCCUACUUUACUGCAUGUACCAUUUCCAGCAUUACAAGACUCUACACCUGGUUCUGAACCUAUUGGUCAACAGUUUACAAUGGUGGUAACUCCAACGUUAGCUCAAUUUCUUUAUAGUAUGCGACGUGAAGAUCCUAUAUCAAUACUAGAUGCUCCUCAUCAAGAUCGUUGUAUAUUUCUUCCAGAUAAACCGAUGAGAACCGCAACUAAUACAGUUAUUCAACCUUCUUCACAAGGGACUUCUUGUGUUGGUGUACAAUCACGUAAGUCAUCUGCUGCAACUGUUUGGAGUUCUAUCUCUGUCGCAUUGGAGGAUCCACGCUAUUCGUGUAGUACCAAUCUUACUAGUAAUAUUCCUAUGGACUAUGCUGGUAUUGCACCUUUAUUUACCAAUAUGCCACAUCCAUGGACUCUCUACACUGGUUGUACACGCAAAGAAAUGAUUUCAGCGUUUGCAUCUCCGUGUUGUCGUGCAUUAAUGAUUCUCUGUGAUCCUGUUGAUAAUAUGUUUAAAGUCGCUGAUGGUAUGGUACGACUUGUUGAUGUGACCCGCACACAACCGAGAUUACCAGAAUCACUGGAUAUCAUUAUUGUUACUUGUGAUCGCACAACUGCACCUUCGGCAGUAGAACCCGGUGUGGCCGCACGGUUGUGUCUCCAUCAUGGAUGCCGUCGUGUUGUGCGCCUUGACCUUCCGCCGGGUAAUAGUAUCACCUUUGCACAUGAACGGUUUAUUCGCAUGUUCCUUGAUCAACUCGAACUCACACUGCGAUGGCGUAUGCGUUAUCCAUAUGCAUUGGCACUCCGUGCGGCACAAACAGAAGCGCGGCGUAUCGGCUACGACCCCGUUGUGUGGGCUGCAUUCACUCUUAUUGGUGCAGCGUAA